AUGCGUAAUAAAAUUCUGUCAGAAGAAAACAACUGUGAGGACUUUUUAAUCUUUUCAACCAGUCUUGCAAAAGAUGUGAAGGAAAAUAAGAGUGGUAUUAUCGUCAUUAGAUUAUCACACCAGAAGAAGUAUCUUAUUGAGAGUAAGGAAAGCCGCAUAAUUCCUAGAUGGGCUCUGCGAUACAGCAUGUAUGUUAAAGUUAAGCAAAAAGGCUUCAGUAACACCAGUUGAAUGUUGUUGGAGAAAAUUUAAAAUGGCUGAAACUGGAAAAAAUAAAAAAUUGAUUUAUGCAAUUAACAUAGGAAAAACAAAGUAUAUCUGUUGAUGUUCGAAAAUCUGUGUUAAAUGAUAUUAGUCAGCUAUUUAGUGAGUCAAAAAAUUAAAAACACACUUUCUUCAAUUUAAAGAAGAUGAAUAAACAAGUUUCAAUUUAUCAUUUAAUUAUAAAUUUUAAACAUGAAAAUCAAAUUGUAAAUCAUACCUCUAAUCAUUUUUUAGAGUAUCGUCAUACAAAUAUGACUUACAGAAUUUGCCAAAAAAUAUGAAGUAUCACACAAGAACAAUCUAAAUCCACAUUAUGAUAUGAAAUAUGAUAUGGAACGUACCACUGCAUCAAAAAUGAAUAAAGCAACAAAAUUCAAAUCAUUUGAUGGCUCAUUAGUACAGAGUAUAUAUGUACCAAGAGGAUUUAGAGGAAUAGAUGCAAAGACCAGAGGACUAGAAUUAGAACCAAGGCAUUGA